ACUGACAUUUAACGAGCCUUCGGCCAAAUAAAAUUUAAAGGUCUAUUAGGCUUGAAUUUUCAGGGUCAACGAACGAAUUCGUUGUCUAAUUCCUGCCUUCCAGGCAUCGAAAUUUCUGGGCACGAGCGAGAAAAUACCAAAUCAGGUUAAUCACCCAAUUACAACAUCAGGAGUACGCGUCUUUAAUUUUUUUUGUUUUAUUUUUUUUUUGCUCAUUCCAAUUUAUUUAUUUAUUUUCAUCAAACAUCAUCCACUUUCUCUCUCUUCCCAUUUGUCAUCUGCACACAGAUCUGCAGGAAACAAAAAAAAAAAAAAAAAAUGGAUGACAUGAAAGACAAAUUCAAGGGUUUCAUGAAAAAGGUUAAUACUCAAAUGUCAUCUUCUUCCUCUGGCAAAUUCAAGGGCCAAGGCAGAGUUCUGGGUUCUUCUUCUUCUGGACCCAAAAAUCCUAACCUCACUCGCCCUUCACAAUCUGUCAAUCCAAACAGCAAUCAAAAUCCAUCAUCUGUUCAAUCCAAACCUUUACCUCAGAAAAAUUCGCCAGUUUCUGAUCCUAGACCCACCUCAAUUGAUGGUCAAAAUGGUUCGAAUUCGAACCCAGAUUCAAAAAAAGAUCGCCCUUCUAAAGAUGGGUUUGAUCCAUUUGACUCGUUUAUAACAAGUGGUGAAAGAAACAAAAAUGGGUACUCACUUAAUGUGUUUGAAUGCCCAAUUUGUGGUUCUGGUUUUACUUCUGAAGAAGAUGUGUCAAUUCAUAUUGAAUCGUGUAUUGUUGCUAAGACUAGCAAGAAUGGUGAUGGUGUUGAAUUGGAUUUGGAUUUGGAUUCUGAUUCAGUGGGAAUGGAUGGUAAUGAAAAUAAGGCGGAUUCCACGAAUAAAUUGGGAGGUUGUGUUGGUGUGUAUUUAUCAGGAAAUCCAUCAGAUAGUUCGGUUGAUGUUGUAAUGAGGUUAUUGAGGAACAUAGUGAAGGAACCAGAGAAUCCCAAAUUUCGUAAGAUUAGGAUGGGUAAUCCGAAGAUUAGGGAGGCUAUUGGUGAAGUUACAGGAGGAAUUGAAUUGCUACAAGAAGUUGGAUUUGAACUUAAAGAAGAGGGUGGAGAAAUGUGGGCUGUGAUGGAUACUCCUUCCGAGGACCGCCUUCUGAAGAUUAAAGAGACUGUAAACAUAAUGGAACAGGCGAAACCUGAUGGAAGUGUGUCGUCUGCGCCUAUAGUAAAGGUUGAUGAGAAGGUUGAAGUGGAAAAGAAGGUUAAAGAGAAUGAGCCUAAGAUCAUUGAUAGAGAAAUUAAAGUUUUCUUUUCUGUCUCUGAGAGUGUUGCAGCGCGAAUUGUGUUACCGGACUCAUUCUAUCAGCUGUCCUCUGAAGAGGUGAGGAGAGAAGCCGAAAUGAGGAAGAAAAAAAUGGCUGAUUCUCAGCUUUUGAUCCCCAAGUCAUUCAAGGAGAAGCAAGCUCAAGCUGCUCGGAAGAGGUAUACAAGAACCAUCAUCAGGGUACAAUUUCCUGAUGGAGUAGUUCUGCAAGGUGUUUUUUCACCUAAGGAGCCAACUAGCGUUCUCUACGAGUUUGUCAGCUCGGCAUUGAAGCAACAGGGAUUGGAAUUUGAGCUGAUACAUCCUGUGCCACUCAAACGGCGAGUGAUCCCGUGUUUUCCUGCACCGGGAGAGAGAGCAUUGACACUCGAGCAAGAAGAUUUAGUUCCAUCUGCUCUUGUGAAAUUCAAGCCAAUUGAGACUGAUUCCAUGGUAUUCACUGGCCUUACAAAUGAACUGCUUGAAAUAAGUGAACCUCUUGGCAGCAGCAGCACAUCUUGAUGUCUUAUGAUUGUAUGCUUAAAGAUUGUUUUAUCCAUCUUUAACUUAUAGUUUCUUACAACUGUAAAAUUGAUUUGAGUUACUAAACUGAUUGGCUUAUCCCUUUAUGAUUGUAUUCUUGUAGAUUUUCAUACAGACAAAAAUAAGUUUGAAAUUUAUAUUGGUACACAGAAUUUUUCAA